UCAGCAGUGUGUAUAUUGACCUCUCGACCGUUUGCGAACUGCUAGCCCCACCCACCUUUUAUGUUAAGCGCGCACGAAUAAGCGCAGGGUUGAUAAAAGCAUCGAAAUUUUUUAGCUGGGAGAUAGAGAGAGACGACGUAGCUAGCUACUACUAGAGCGCGCGUCGACCGACAUGUACGGACUUCUCCUGGACACUAUUCAGAAGUUCAUUCGGGAGAAGUAUGGGGAGAACUACUGGGCCAACAUCAGAAGACGAGCCAAGCUCUCCAACCACUGGUUCGUCACUCAUGAGGGCUACCCAGAGAGUGUCAUUCCAACCCUCGUCGAUGCCGCCGCUGAAGAACUCGGCGAAGACAAAGACAACGUCAUGAUGAUGUUCGGCGAGUACUUUGCCGAGAACAUCGGUCGCUACGGUUACGCCCGUCUCCUCCGCGUGCUGGGUCGCGACCUCCGAGAUUUCUUGAACGGCCUCGUGGACCUCCAUGAGUACCUGCGAUUCAGCUACCCCAACAUGAGUCCGCCUGCAUUCUUCACGGCCAACGAAACGCCAGAAGGACUCCACUUGCACUACGUCACAAAGAGGGAGGGGUUUCUCUGCUACGUCAUAGGACAGAUGAAAACAAUCGGAAAUAUCUACGGGAAGCAACUGCAGAUUAGCGUUAUCUCGCAAGGCCAAACGGACAAGGGAGAGUACUACUACAUCCUCGAUCUAAAAUUCGACAAUCGGGCCAUGCUCAUGACGAGGCAAGCGAGCGUCGUGGGAUUUGUUGACUUUCAGAUCAGCUCGGAGACCUUCUUCAAGAUGUUUCCGUUCAGUUUCAUCUUCUCGAAGGAGCUGGUCAUCUGUCGAGUUGGUCGCAAGUUGCAGGAGGUUCUCCCGGGCCUCUACGGAGAGGUGGUGUCCUCUGCCUUCACACUACUCAAACCCUACAUGGCCGAACUCGACUGGGACUCGAUUCAGCUGCGGACAAACUGCACGUUUGAGCUACAGUCAGUCCGACAGGUCCAGUGCACCAACCAAGAACAGGAAGUGGGCGUGGUCCCCGAACAGGCUCCGCAACUCAAGCUGAAGGGGGAGAUGAUGCCGCUGGACGAUCAGGAAUACGUGGCCUUCCUCUGCUCCCCCGCGUUAGUGGCCCAUUCCCAUUCCACCAGUAUUCCAUGCCCAAUACUGUGCAGUAUGGACAGCCCCGAGGACCUGUAUGAGAGCGGGAUUUUCAUAAGCGACCUCUCGCUCCACAACUGUAGCCGGGAGUUUAUCAUGGCUGGGUCUCAGAAACACCCCGAGCUUAACAUUGCCUUCAGUCAGGAGAGAAUCAGGAGCGCACAGUUAGAGACGAGCAUCAAGAAAACGGACGAACUCCUCUACCAGAUGAUUCCCAAGUCAAUCGCUGACAAACUGCGCAGCGGGCAACCCCCGCUUAGCACUUGUCAAGAAUUCAACUCUGUCAGUAUCCUCUUCAGCGACAUUGUCAGCUUCACUCCGAUGUGUACCCGUCUCGGACCGAUGCAAGUGGUGUGCGUCCUCAACUCCAUGUGCACAGCGUACGACCGACUGUGUGAGAAAUACAACGUCUACAAGGUUGAGAUGAUCGGAGAUGCCUACAUGGUGCUCGCAGGAGGACCCAUCCCGUCUCGAUCGGACGUCCACCACGUGGAGAGCAUCACAAACUAUGGUCUCGGGAUCCUGGAGGCAACCAAGCACAUCCUAGACCCAUCCACCAACAAACAUCUCAGGAUCCGAGUCGGGAUCCACAGUGGAGGAAUAGUGGCCGGAGUAGUCGGAAACACCACUCAGAGAUACGACGUCUUUGGAGAUACCGUCAACAUCGCAGCACGAAUGGAGAGCACAGGAGAGCCAAUGAGGAUCCAGGUGAGCGAGGCUACUGCGCUCCUCCUCCAGGGAAAGAGGUUCAUUCUCAGUGAACGCGGACAGGUGGAAGUCAAGGGAAAGGGGUUAAUGAAGACGUUCUGGGUGGACGGUAAGGAACCAGACACGGGGACCACCACUGGCUCCAAGUCGAGGGCCAUGUCAUUGUCCAGCUGGACUCCUCGCUUCACCAGCACUCUUCAGCCAGACCUCCCUCCUGCUCCCACCUCUGCCAGUAUCAGGUCUCUCAGAAGAGGUUCCCCUGCUCCGGAUGAGUGGCCGCAGGCAGAACUGAGACUCGGGGACCACCACUUGCCACGCAGCCAUCGCAGUCACACCGUACCAAACAUCGACAUCUCCAGCUUUGAACACGAAUUUCAGUCCCUCCUGUGCCCCUUUGACCCCGCAAACCCCCUGGGCUCCUCCUCCAGAGCCGAGUGUCCUCUCGCUGCCUUCUCCUACCCUCAAAACUGUCACUCCCACGUUCACUCCCCCACCAGCCACCCCUCAUCACCGCUCCAGACACAAGAGAGAGAGGCAAAUGCCGGGAGGAAUCUGGACGGGGAGCGCUAUAUAACCCAGGUGAGGCAGUCGCUGGCACAGGGGCUGGCCACGAUCACCGAGAACGGACUCGAGGACAUCAGUGUCUCCCAGCUCGAAGAGUUUGCCGCCAUUGCAGAGGAGAAUGCAAGAACGGCACGGCUUCUCGCUGACACGGCAGCGGAACUUGCCAAGUCGAGAAGAAAACAUCCGACCCCCUCUCUGGAAGGGUCUUCAGUUGAUCCACCGCCCGCACCAAAUUACUUGAACUACUGUUCCAUUCUCUAGCAUUAACUCUUCAUAACUCUCAAUUUUUUAAUUAUCAUCACAUUAUUAUAUUUUGUAUACCACGGUAAAGUUUGGUCGAGUAGGAUGAGUUUGAAACGACGCUCUGUCAGUAAUCACACACGACGUGCAUACAUCAACAGCCUGCACAAAAUACACAAUGGGACGUCCAUUUUCCUUUAUCGCAGUCAGGAACGUGGAGUGUACUGUAUAUACGUAAUUAUAGAGGAUGGUUUUGCUCCAGACAUUUUUGUUUCGAGCUGAUAAUUCUUGGAAAACCCA